AUGGUGGUCCUCAACUUCACAUUGAGCGAAGAAGGGGUUGCUGUGCUCCACGAUGCUCUUGCUUGCAUGUUCAAGUUCAGCGACGAUGUUUCUUUGGAGGCGAGAAAGGACAAGUUGACGCUCACAACACUCAACAUUUCCAAGUCGGCAUAUGUCUGUUUCUCUUUUGCCGCCAACAGAUUCUUUUCACGAUACAGCUUUGAGGGCACCCCCCAGCAUCGAGACCGCUUCUUUUGCCAGUUAUACAUCCGGUCUCUCCUUACCAUCUUUAGAGCCCGCCAAGGAAGCGGGGAUCAGUCAAGGGAGAGGGAUGCUUCGAUAGACCGGUGUGAUGUGGCCAUUGAUGACGGGGCCGGCAAGAAGAGUCGUCUCGUGGCCAGGGUCUCCUUCAGGAAUGGCAUCACGGCUUCACACUCGCUACCAUACGAAGUGAAACCCCCUACUCAUGCCAAGUUCAAUCAAGAUGAAGCCGAACACCGUUGGUCUAUUUCAUCCAGGACAUUGCGGCAACUAAUGGACCACUUCGGCCCAGGCAUAGAGCUUCUCGACAUCAACACAGACGACGAGGCCCGGGCCGUGAACUUUACAUGCUUUACGGAGAAGGUGCAGAAGCGUGGCACUGUCAGCAACGAAGCUGUUCUCAAAAAGCCCCUCCACACUAACAUUGCGGUCGAAAUGGACGAGUUUGAUGACGUUGAGGUCCAAGACAAGCUUCACAUCAUCAUUAGUGUUAAGGACUUCCGCGCCAUCCUCCAACACGCCCAGAUGACCAGCGGCGCGCUUGCAACCAGCUACUCGAACCCUGGGCGUCCCAUGAAGCUAUCCUACAGUACUGAUGGCGUUCUGUGCGAGUUCAUCCUCAUGACAGUCGGCGAGAAGGACGCCUUGACACAGAAGCACAAGAACCCACGGGCGAGUGUCGCAAAGACUCCCGCACCGCACCUUGAUUCCGCACCGCACCUUGAUUCCGCACCGCACCGGGGGAGUUCCGCCGCAAAUGACAACCAACCAGACCCGCCUGCAUCUAAACCUCCGCAACAAAAGACGCCUAUCAGGCCUCGCCACCACGCAUUCGAAAUGCGGCCAUCGCCGAUGCAACCUCCCGCCACAGCUCGGUCCGAUUCGCUAUUCGUUGACCAAGGCGAGGACGACGAGCAGUGGGAGCCCGUCAACCCAGACGAAGAAGAGGAGGAGGAAACCGGGAGACUAGAGUGGAAUGCCACCAAUGAGCCGAACCCAUCGACUCUGCGCGUUGGAAGUUAUCUGUCUAGGCAGGCCGAGACUCAAGAGGCGCCUCCCGAUCGCCUUGCCUCAGGCCUUGAGCCAACACAACGGCUCUCCGAGGUACGUGCAACCCCGAAUCUCGCCUGGCAUGCUAUCCAGCUGACUCGUGUAGGUCCGUCGGUUCGGCCUAUUUUCCCCUUGACUUGA